AUGGAGUUACAGCUUCCUGAGCCAGGAUCUGCCCACAAGCUGAUGAAUGAAGAAGCCGUCAAGAAUGCUCUCUUUAGCCAGGGACUAGAGAAAGCUCCAGGUACAGAUUUACUGAACUUCAGGGCUAUCAGGCUCUUAUGGAAUCUAGAUUCGGAGCGUGUGGUUAGCCUGACUAGGCAGUGCCUCAGGCUUGGGAUACAUCCACAUGUCUGGAAAACAGCCAAGGGAGUUCUACUGAGAAAGAACGGCAAAACCAACUACACACUGGCUAGUGCGUAUCGGGUGAUAAGUCUAUUGAAGUGUCUAGGCAAGGUGAUUGAAAAGCUUGUUGCAGAGUUAAUUACAAACUUUGCAGAGGCUCAAGACCUCUUCCACAAUGGUCAAUUUGGAGGCCGUCGGCAACGCAGUGCAAUUGAUGCUGUGGCAUAUCUAGUGGAGGAGAUCCAUCAAGCUUGGGCAAAUAGAAAGUUAGCUGCAGCUCUAUUUAUGGAUAUUGAGGGGGCCUUUGACCAUGUCAUCCUAGCAAAACUGGUAGAGGUGCUCAGAGAGGCUAGCGUGGAUGGAGAUCUUAUACAUUGGGUGAUCUCAUUUCUAUCUGACUGGCGAGUCACUCUUGUGAUUGAUGGACAUAUGGGAAAGGAAGUACCGAUAAGCUCUGGGUUACCUCAGGGCUCUCCGGUGUCACCCAUUCUCUUUGUUCUAUACGUUCAUGGGCUAUCAAGAGCCAUUGAGAGGAGUGUGCCGGAGGUUCGAUGUCUAUCCUUUGUGGACAACCAAGGCCUAAUAACAGCCGCAAGCUCAGUGAAGGAGGCUUGUAGGAUCCUUGAGAAAGCCGCGGAAGUAGCCAUCAAGUGGGGGGUGGCUAACGGGGAACACGUAGAAGUGCCAAUGGGCCAUGGACAUGAGGUCUUUGACGCGGAACUAAUGGGAGUGGCUACAGCGCUUGAAUGGGCCCUUGAAAGGCAGCCUCUUGGUCCUAUCUGGGUGUUCCUCGACGCGCAGAAUGCUAUUGAUCGCCUCAGAUCGACAAGGCCAGGCCCUGGGCAAGCCCUUGUUCUUAGGGCUCACAAGGCAGCUGAGAAACUAGCCUUGAGAGGCCAGCCAGUCACAAUACAAUGGGUCCCAGGCCACUCAGGGAUUGAAGGGAACGAGCAGGCUGAUCAAGCUGCUAAACGUGCAGCUAGUAAACAAACCGCGCCUGGUUUUGAGCACCUAUCUUUAGCGCACGUUAGAAGGGCUUGCACGGAAGCAAGGAGAGCCGCAGUAUCUAAAUGGGCUCAAAUCAAUGCUGUACAAGGCAGGCAUAGAGAUGGAUGUGUCUACAAGAUGCCUCGAGGCUGGAACCUUGACCCAGUGGCAGGAAAAGCUCCGAAAAGAUUGGCUAGUCGAUACUACCAGUUAAAGACAGGACAUGCCCCAAUUGGUACCUAUCUAUACCGGAUAGGCCAACGGGAAUCGCCUGAGUGUCAGGCCUGCAAGGAGCCUCAUGAGACAGUAAGGCAUGUACUCUUUGAGUGCCGUGGACGUCGUGCAGGACGAAGAACUCUCUAUCAAGCCCUCAAAAAAGCAGGCGUGCCACUGCCUACAGCGGCUGAGGAAGACCCCGAGGCUAGGCUAUUUGCUGAGCCUAGAGCGACGCAGGGCUUGCUGCAAUUCGUGGCUGAAGCCAACCUAUUCAAUGAUAAGGAGCGGACAGCCAGAGAGGCUGAGUCUAGUGAUGCGUGGGGGUGGGAUACGUUGGAGGAAGGUGGCCUAGGUGUCACAUUGGAGGAUGAAUAG